AUGUCGACCAUCAUUAACAAGCCGUGGGAUGCUCGCUACGCUGGGGCCGUACCUCACGAUGCUUCAUACUACUCCAAGUGUUUGCUCGGAGGUGUCCUUGCCUGCGGUCUCACGCACACCGCAAUCACUCCCAUGGAUGUGACGAAAUGUAACAUGCAAGUGAACCCCGCAAAGUACAGGGGCCUCAUCUCCGGUCUUCGCACGAUCAUCGCUGAGGAAGGUGCCGCUGCUAUCUGGAAGGGUUGGGCGCCCACGCUCAUCGGCUACUCUGCCCAGGGCGCCUUCAAGUACGGUCUUUACGAAUACUUCAAGGACACCUACUCUAACCUCCUUGGUAAGGAGGAUGCGGAGAAAUACAAGGGUCUCAUUUGGUGUGCUGGUUCCGCCUCUGCCGAAUUCUUCGCGGACGUUGCGCUUUGCCCUAUGGAAAUGGUCAAGGUCAAGGUUCAGACCUCCGUGCCUGGUACCUUCCCCACUGGUUUCGGCCCCGCGCUUGCGACCAUGCGUGCCGACAGCGCCAUCACUCGCUUCCCCUUCGGAUCUUUGACUCCUCUCUGGUCUCGUCAAAUCCCCUACACUGUCGCCAAAUUCUUCUUCUUUGAGAAGGCUGUACAGUUCUUCUACUCGAACGUCUUCACCGCGCCAAAGGAGACCUACUCGAAGGGCACUCAGCUCGGCAUCACGUUUGCGUCCGGAUACUCCGCCGGUAUCAUUUGCGCCAUCGUGUCUCACCCCGCCGAUUCCCUCGUUUCUUUGAUGUCCAAGCCCGCCAAUAAGGGGAAGGGUCUUGGUCAAAUUGCCUCGGAAACGGGACUUGCCAACUUGGCCACCAAAGGUCUGGGCACUCGUGUCCUCAUGAUCGGCACUCUCACAGGUCUGCAAUGGUGGAUUUAUGACACGUUCAAGACCGUCAUGGGAAUGGGUACCAGCGGUGGAAAGUAA